UUUCAACAAACUAGCACACAACUAGCCAGCAGAGGUGCGAGAGAUAUAUAUUGAGAGAGAGGGAGAAGGAGAGAGAGAGAGAGAGAGAAAGGGUGUCUGGAAAGGUCUGAUCUUUCUGUUUUAGGGUUUUCAUUGUCCAUGUGAAAGCUGCUGAGAAAAAAAGGUUAUCUGUACUUGUCUCUGUUCUACCGUUUUCUUGGCCUGCUUCACAGUUAAUUUACGCAAAAAGCAGUGUGGGGAGUGAUUGUUUGUUGGAAGUCUUCAUUCGUAAGCUAUUCUAUUCGAAAGGAUAGUUUCAAGCUGAAGUUCUGAGAAUUGUGAGCUUGCUGGGCUUUGAUCUUGAAAAAUCGAAAGAGAGUAAUGGGUUAUAUGUGUGAAUUUUGCGGGGAGCAGCGAUCUAUUGUAUAUUGUCGGUCUGAUGCAGCUUGCUUGUGCCUGUCCUGUGACCGGAAUGUUCAUUCUGCAAAUGCCCUUUCACGGCGUCACCCCAGGACACUUGUGUGUGAAAGAUGCAAUGCACAGCCCGCUUUUGUGAGAUGCAUUGAGGAAAGGGUAUCUCUUUGCCAGAGUUGUGAUUGGGCGGGGCAUGUUAGUUCUAGCACAGGUUCGACCCACAAGAGGCAAGCAGUUAGUUGUUAUUCGGGCUGUCCUUCAGCUGCAGAACUUUCUAGUAUGUGGUCAUUUCUCUUAGAUUUCCCUUCAGUUGGUGAUUCCACUUGUGAGCAGGGAAUGGGUUCAAUGAGCAUCACCGAGAACUGUCCUAGAGAUAGCCAAGGACCCGAAGGAAAGAAUGUCGCUCAAGAUGUGUCUGCAGUGGAUGAUGCUAGUGCCAUGAAAGCCGAGAAUGAAUCCAACAUUUGGAUGGCACCGUCAGUGCUAACUGUAGACAACAAGCUGCAGAGCGUGGAACUGCCAACUGGAGCUACCAUUCCUACUAACUCUACUUCACCGAAGGUUUGCUAUUCUGGAGCUAAAGGCCCAAGUUUCUAUGAGGAUGAUCCUUUUAAUAUGGAUUUCAAUGUGGAUGAAGUUGAUAUAAGUAUGGAAAAUUACGAAGAACUAUUUGGCAUGUCUCUUAAUGAAGGGAUUGAUGACUUUUUCGGAACAAAGGAGAUGCCUGCUGCUGAUUCCAGUUGUCAGGGCGCAAAUGCCGUUGAGGGGGCCUCGCUCGGACAGGUGAAUGCAAUGCAACCAGCGUGCAGCAACGCUGCAUCUGCGGAUUCCAUGAUGAGCUGCAAAACCGAACCGAACUUCUGUUUCGCUAGACAACAGUCCAGUCUCUCGUUCUCUAAUAUCACUGGAGAGAGUAGUGGUGGAGAUUAUCAGGACUGUGGCGUUUCCUCGAUGCUCCUCAUGGGAGAGCCGCCGUGGGGCCCCUCUGGUCCCGAGAAUUCAUUCCCGUCAUCCAGCAGGAGCGAUGCUGUAUUGCGCUACAAAGAAAAGAAAAAGACACGCACAUUUGAAAAGCACGUGAGGUAUGCUUCACGCAAGGCGAGAGCUGACGUUAGGAGGCGUGUGAAGGGGCGGUUCGUCAAGGCUGGCGAUGCUUAUGAUUACGACCCUCUCAGCCCAACCAGAAGCUACUGAGAGUAAAAAUUUUAUCCAUACACAUAAGGAAAGAAAUGAUCCAAGAAAAUUUGGAAGAAUUUAUCUACAUUUUCUUGCAAAUGGCUGUUGCAAUGACAGAUUUUGUGAUUCUAACACAGGGAAUCUCGGUUCCUCGAAGUGAGAAAACAUUGGGCAUGCAAAGAACGAUGCUUUCCUCGCACAACAUCAAUCAGAUUCAAUAUAUCACGCAAGAUGGAUCUCCUCAGAUUCGAUGACACAACUAGACAAAAACUCUUCCCUGGGCUUAUCCCGCAUGGAUUCAAAUCACAACUUUGGCCUCCUCUUUUCACACAAACGAACGAUGAUCAAGUUUAUACCGAGAAUUCAGUUCAAGAUCCCAUGUUUUAUUUGCCUUGAUCAUCUAACAGAUGGAUUCGGUUUCUGGUUCAGCCUCAGAGGAUUGAAAAAACCGCCUGUAAUAUUUUUUUCGUUCCUCUGUCGGUCUGUGUAUAUAUUCUGACCAGCAUGCAGUAUUUAGGAGUUGAGUGACGACGAUAUCGAUUGGUUCCCACUUCCCAGGAUAUAUGACACCAAAAGAAAGCAAAGAAACUUAGUAUUGUAAUUUUUUCAUUUGUUUUGUGGGAGACAUGCAUUUACAUGUUGUAGCUAGGUUGUCUGCUAUGCCAUUCAACACAGAUUAUACAAUAAUGUUCUCAAAUAUAUGUAUAUAUUGUAAGUUGCUUGAGUAUGAUCAUGAUUUUUUUUUUUAA